UGCGCACUACUUGUCCCCUCCAGACUGCCGGGUUUUUCCCGCCCUUUACUGGACUCUGGAGGAGGCUCAGAGUUCACGCCCCUCUCUGGGGAUACCUGCUCCGAGCCGGGGGAUGCGAGGACUAGUAGGUGGCAGACGUCCUUCUGGUCCUGAAUCUUAAGGGACAAAGGAUAAACUCUAGGACUGUUAACUCUUUGGAGAGCUGGGAAGCGGGAAGAGGUAGUGUGGAAGGGGUCAGAGGUGAAAGGUCAGAGGGCUGCGAAGGGGGCGGAGCGAGCCGGAGGCGGAUGGCGGCUGCGGCGGCUCAUCAUCUUUGGCGGCAGAGGCGCUGAAGCUGGGACGCGAGUCCGGCGCGUCCGGCAGUUGGAGGAGAGCGGCGGCCGCUCCCAACAUGCACAGUCUAGCGACGGCUGCGCCUGUGCCUACUGCACUGGCUCAAGUGGAUAGAGAAAAGAUCUAUCAGUGGAUCAAUGAGCUGUCCAGUCCUGAAACAAGGGAAAAUGCUUUGCUGGAGCUAAGUAAGAAGCGAGAAUCUGUUCCUGACCUUGCACCCAUGCUGUGGCAUUCAUUUGGUACUAUUGCAGCACUUUUACAGGAAAUUGUAAAUAUUUACCCAUCUAUCAACCCACCCACCUUGACAGCACACCAAUCUAACAGAGUUUGCAACGCUCUGGCAUUACUGCAAUGUGUGGCAUCACACCCAGAAACCAGGUCAGCAUUUCUUGCAGCACACAUCCCACUUUUUUUGUACCCCUUUUUGCACACUGUCAGCAAAACACGUCCCUUUGAAUAUCUUCGGCUAACCAGUCUUGGAGUUAUUGGGGCCCUGGUAAAAACAGAUGAGCAGGAAGUAAUCAACUUCUUAUUGACAACAGAAAUUAUCCCUUUGUGUUUGCGCAUUAUGGAAUCUGGAAGUGAACUUUCUAAAACGGUUGCCACAUUCAUCCUCCAGAAGAUCCUCUUAGAUGACACUGGUUUGGCUUAUAUAUGCCAGACAUAUGAGCGUUUCUCCCAUGUUGCCAUGAUCUUGGGUAAGAUGGUCCUGCAGCUAUCCAAAGAGCCUUCCGCCCGUCUGCUGAAGCAUGUAGUAAGAUGCUACCUUCGACUCUCAGAUAAUCCCAGGGCACGUGAAGCGCUCAGGCAGUGCCUCCCUGACCAGCUGAAGGACACAACCUUCGCCCAGGUGCUAAAAGAUGACACCACCACAAAACGCUGGCUUGCACAACUGGUAAAAAACCUGCAAGAGGGCCAGGUCACCGAUCCCCGCGGUAUACCCCUGCCCCCUCAGUGAUCCUCCUUUGUCCCCUCCCAUUACUCCCCCAAGUUGGGGAAGGGAGGGGGGAACCCAUGAGGAAAACAGCUCAGGUUUUAUCGCCGACCGGGAAUAGACGACCUCAAUGCUGAACUGCACUGGAGAAAGGGGCAAGGUACUCCCACUGAGGGGUACGAGCUGCCAUCUCAGGCUGCCUUGAGGACCUGGGCUCCCUCUGCUACUCCCAGGAAAUGGGCUCCUGACACAGCGGUCUGCUACCACAGCCCAGGAGGGUGUCAACACCAGCAAAUGCUGUAUCUGCAGCAUGCCCAAGAUGACCCUUCUCCCUCACCUCUACCCAGCCACUGGCAGGGAGGGGAGACAGGGGUGACAGCAGCAGCACUCUAGGCAUGGUGAACGCCUGGGACCAAGCCAUGAGGCGUUUUCUUAUUUUGCCUUCCUGGAAGACUCAAGAUGUGUCUCUUCAUUCUCUCUCUCAGUAUUUGUUUACUUUGGUGUUUGCUUUUUUUUUUAAUCUCAGAGAGAGGUGUAUUUAGUGGACACAAGCUGUAAUAUUCAGCAAAACUUUGUCAGUUGGCACUGUUUACAAGUCUGUUAGCUGCAUAAGCUCAAUAAAAAGUUGGUCUGGGCAUUACACCCCCUCUAGCAGGCCAAUAGCUGCAUGAGCUGUUGGGAGGAAUGGGAGGCAGGGGAAGGACAUAAAGCCAAAGGACAGCAGGAACCCACCGCCUAGUUCCCUUCCCUUUCCCAUCUUCUACCCCCUGUUCUGGACGCCAUAAGGACCUUAAUUCUGGCUUUAGCUGCUAGUGUUUCCCUUCUUCACUUCCCUCCUAUUAAAAUAGAUGUCUUAAUUCA